AUGAAAAUCGCACGACCAUUAUUUCAAAGUGUUAAUAGACUAAUUAGAUCGUGCAAGAUGUCAGGAGUAUUCCCAUACCACCCGCCUGUAAACCGCGAAAUGCAAGAGUUGGACAGGUCAUUCUUUGUUACCAAGAUAUCAAUGUGUGCAGUCAAGUUCCCCGAGCCCAAGAAUAUCAGUGUCUUUUCCAAAAACUUCAAGGAUUGUAUCUUGAGGGUGCCACGUAUCCCACACGUGGUUAAGUUGAAUGCUGCCAAGCCGGUGGAGGAACCUACCACCGUGCAGACCAAAAAGCUAAAGACCACAGAUGGCUACAAUGGCACGAUAACAAAAGGUGUGCUGCUGCAUGAAUCAAUUCACAGCGUGGAGGAUGCGUAUGCCAAAUUGCCCGAAGAGGCUUUGGCGUUUCUCAAGGAAAACAGAGCCGAGAUUGUAGCACAUGUAUACGUGCUCGACUACGAUUUCUGGAAGGCCGAGGAGAUCCUUCGAGCAGUAUUGCCUGAGCAGUUUUUGGAAGAAGUCCCAACAGGGUUCACUAUUACAGGCCACAUCGCACAUUUGAACCUGCGCAGCGAGUUCAAGCCAUUCGACUCGCUCAUCGGACAAGUAAUCCUCGACAAGAACAACAAAAUCGAAUGCGUUGUGGACAAAGUCAGCUCCAUUGCCACACAGUUCAGGACUUUUCCUAUGAAAGUCAUUGCUGGCAAAAGCAAUGACUUAGUGGUCGAACAGAAGGAGUCCAACUGUACCUUCAAAUUCGACUUCAGCAAGGUCUACUGGAACUCCAGACUGCACACAGAGCAUGAAAGACUGGUCAAACAGUACUUCCAGCCUGGCCAAGUCGUGUGUGACGUCUUUGCCGGCGUGGGACCCUUUGCCGUACCCGCCGGCAAGAAAGAUGUCAUUGUUUUGGCCAACGAUCUCAAUCCGGAGAGCUACAAGUACUUGCAAGAAAACAUCGCGCUAAACAAGGUCACAAAAACUGUGAAGUCCUUCAACAUGGACGGUGCUGACUUCAUCCGCCACUCGCCACAGUUAUUACAACAAUGGAUCCAGCAUGAAGAAGGUGGUAAAAUUAAAAUUCCUUUGCCAGUGAAGAAACGACACAGGUCACAACAACCCCAAGAACAGCAACCGCCACAACCGCUCAUCAAAGAGCUCAUAAUUCCGUCGCAAAUUAGUCACUAUGUCAUGAAUCUACCGGAUAGCGCUAUCUCCUUCUUGGGAAACUUCCGCGGCAUCUUCGCGACAUACGCCCACAGUACCACUGAGAGCAUCAAAAUGCCAUGGGUACACGUGCAUUGCUUCGAGAAAUACCCGCCUGGCGAGGAUGUCACUGACCACGAAUUACACGUGCGAGUCCAUGCGCGUAUUGUUGCCGCACUCAACAUCACUGUGGACGAUCUUCCAUUGAGUGCCGUCUCGCUGCAUUUGGUGCGCAAAGUAGCGCCCACCAAACCAAUGUUUUGCGCCAGUUUCCAACUUCCGGCUACCGUGUGA